AAGACUGUCCUCUCCCUGCCCCAGUACCCAGGGGAGUUCCUGCACCCUGUGGUGUACGCCUGCACCGCUGUCAUGCUGCUAUGCCUGCUCACCUCUGUCAUCACCUACAUUGUGCACCAGAGCGCCAUCCGCAUCAGCCAGAAAGGCCGGCAUGCGCUGCUGAAUUUCUGCUUCCACACGGCCCUGACCUUUGCGGUGUUCGCCGGUGGCAUCAACCGCACCAAAUACCCCAUCCUGUGCCAGGCGGUGGGCAUCGCGCUGCACUAUUCCACACUGUCCACCAUGCUGUGGAUUGGAGUGACCGCCAGGAACAUCUACAAGCAAGUGACCAGGAAGGCCCCUCCGUGCCCUGGUGCAGACCAGCCGCCGUACCCCAAACAGCCCCUGCUCAGGUUCUACCUCAUCAGCGGAGGGGUUCCUUUCAUCAUCUGUGGGGUCACUGCUGCCACCAACAUCAGCAAUUAUGGGACUGGAACAGGUGACGAGGACGCUGCCUACUGCUGGAUGGCCUGGGAGCCCAGCCUGGGGGCCUUCUAUGGGCCAGCGGCCUUCAUCACACUGGUCACCUGCGUGUACUUCCUGGGCACCUAUAUCCAGCUGCGGCGCCACCCCGAGCGCAGGUACGAGCUGCACGAGCACCCGGAGGAGCGGCGGCGGCUGGCGGGGCCUGAGGGCAGCCGCUGCCCGGGGCCACGGCCCUGCACGCCCCCUGGCUGCGACGGGCCGGCUGCCUCCCCACUGCAGAACGAGCACUCCUUCCAGGCCCAGCUGAGGGCCGCCGCCUGCACGCUCUUCCUGUUCUCAGCCACAUGGACCUUCGGGGCCUUGGCCGUGUCGCAAGGCCCCUUCCUGGACAUGGUCUUCAGCUGUCUGUACGGGGCCUUCUGCGUGACGCUGGGGCUCUUCGUGCUCAUCCACCACUGCGCCAAGCGGGAGGACGUGUGGCAGUGCUGGUGGUCCUGCUGCCCCUCCCGGGGGGAUGCCGCCACCUCCACGCCCGGCGCCCACCCCGCCCUGGACGCCAACGGGGAUGCGCUGGGGCACGCCGCCCGCCUGCCAGACUCCCCCUGUGCCGGCCAGCCCAGGGGCUUCGGCCACCUGCCCUCCGGCCACUGCAAGAUGACCAACCUUCAGAUUGCUCAGGGCCACGUCGGCUGCCUGCCACCGGCCACCCCCUGCUGCGCCAAGAUGCACUGCGAGCAGCUGAUGGAGGAGGAGGCCCACGUGUGCAUGGCAGAGGGAGACGGCUUCCCGCACACCCCGCUCCCACACAGAUGCCUCGAGGGCAGAACUAAGCCCCACUACUUCAGCCGACACCAGGCUGCCGCUCACCAGAGCUACGCCUACCACAUCCCCUCCAGCCUGGACGGCAGCGCCCCCAGCUCCCACACAGACAGCCCCCCCAGCUCCCUGGAGGGCCCUGCGGGGGUGCACACGCUGGCCUGCUGUGCCCAGGCCGGCCCCUUCCCCCUGGUCAGCCAGCCUGAGGGUGGCGAGGCCAGCCCGGGGCUCUACGGGUGCCCCCCACGGCUGCCUCCAGGCCCGGCCCAUCUAGAGAUGCUCCGCAGGACACCGUCCCUGUCCUUCAGCGGCCCCAGCCCCGACGGGCUCCUCCGGGGUGGCAUCCAGGAAGGCCUGCCGUUCGGCACUGACAGCACAGGCAACAUCCGAACAGGGCCCUGGAAAAACGAAACAACUGUGUAG